AUGAGCGGAAGCAUGUCAGCAGUCACUGCACAAGAUCAGUUCGGAUGCCGAACAAAGCAGUUUCAGUACUGUCAGGCGCUUCUUUCCGAUGGUGUAGGAUUGAAUAGUACGAUGUCAUCGUUGAUGUUCAAGGUUAGUAUGAUUUUGGUGAUUUCUUUUGAACUCUACCAAUCUGUUAAGACUACACGGUGUUGUAUAAUUUGGUUUCUAUAUAAGUGGGGACUCACACCAGGAAACACCACGAACAUGCUGAACGUGUGCAAUCAGCUGGAAUUCUUCAAUGGGUGUAUGGGCAACGAUCGGGGAUGCUUUCAAAUCCAGAACCUGCUCUUGCAAACUGACUUGAACAAUGCCUUCUUCAUUGACGGAACACUGGCCAUGUAUCAAUUCAACUGUGGUCCAGGUCUAAACAGUACGUCACAUUUAUAA